AUGUUCAACAGCAAUGAGUUUAGCCGUGCUCAGGAUUACCGUUCGCAAACUUUGACUGAGAACCUUACUAACGCUGAAGCAUUCCAGUUGUUCUCCUGUAAGUUGGACGCAGCUUUAGCUGAAAACAAAAAGCUGCUUUUAAAGGAAUUAGAGGCCAAAAAAUCAACCAGUUUUUCCAAAGAAAAUUCUGUUGAUUUCAAGUUGGAGCAUCACAAAGAAAGGUAUAACUUUUUAACAGAUUUACAAAGUGACUUUGAAAGUAUAGACAAAUAUAUUGACUAUGGUGAUGUUUUGAAUGCUAAAGAAAUAAUCAAAAAAGCUGUUCUUCGUAUUAAAGACCAGAAAAAAGUUAUCAGAAUUGCAGAUAAGUACGGUGGGGAUGUGGCCAAAGAGUAUAUGGAUGAUCCAAUUACGGAGAGUUCCGAAGAAAGUCAAAGACUUCGUCAAGCAGAAACCAGGGCUAAAAGGAAAAGGUUUGAUAAGAGAAAUUAUAAUAAUCCUUUUCGUGCAGAUAGCAAAUUUUUCCAGCAAAGAUUUACUCCUUACACCAGGCAGUUUGGCACAUACGGGAAUUAUGGAGGACCUCAGUCUAGCCCCUACAGAAUACAACCAAACCAGUGCCUGUAUUGCAACGGGUUUGGGCACUGGAGUGUCAACUGUCCACUCAAGAAAAAGAGUCAACCCUUCGCGAUCGGGAAGCCAACUUCAACACAAACCGGACCCUCCACAGAUAAUCAAAGAACCUAAACUGGCAGUUUCAUUCCACAAAGGAUUGUUUAUACGGAUGCAAGCAAGUACGCAGCCGCUGGUUACAUUGUGGAAUUCGCAGAUAGUGUAGUGCAUAAAAUGUGGACUUCUGUGGAAGCUCUGAAGAGUUCUACCUGGAGGGAGAUGAAAGCAGUUGAGACAACUUUAAUUUCUUCUGCAGAUAAGAUUAGCAACAGAACUGUAAAGCUUUAUACUGACAAUCAAAAUGUAGUUAAAAUAGUUAAUUCAGGUAGCAUGAAAAAAGAUCUUCAUAACAUCGCACUUAAUAUUUUUUCUUUAUGUAUUCAAAAUCAAAUAACACUAGAAGUAGAGUGGAUUCCGAGAGAUGAAAAUAGAGUUGCCGAUUAUUAUAGCAAAGUAUUUGAUUUUGAUGACUGGUCUGUUUCUGAUAUCAUUUUUCAAUUUUUUAGUAAAAAAUG